CUUUUUACUCACACAUAUUGAUUUAACGCAUUGCAUCAAUGGGUUUUAAGGGAGGGAAAUUGAAACACUGGGAAAUACAUACACAUAAAUCUACCCAAGUCACAAACCAUAAAGUAUUCACAUACUUGGGACUUUGUUGCUAGCAUACACAUGUUGCUGCCAAAGUUAUGCACAUAUAUGUUGCUGCAACAAAACUAUUUCCCCUUCCCCCCCUGCCCUCAACUGCACACUCUAAAUAUUAUAAAUUGCACACUAUUUUACUAAUUGCACGCCAUUACCUAAUAUUGCACAAUUAUUAACACACACUAAACGAAUCAAUUGAGUCUAAUAUUUAAUGAUAACAAAAGGGAAAUUAAUUCAACAUUGAAACACCUACUAAUUAUUAACAUGCCCCGAAGCGACUUUUUAUUCAUUAUUUUUCCUCAUUUUGUUAUCAUUUACUAAUUGAUAAAACAUCUGACACAUUUAUAUGAAUUUAUGACCCGACUCUUUUUUUUUAUUUUAUAAACCAAUGAACGAACUCUUAAAACAACUUUUCCCAGCUCUCGUCUUGGCAAACCCAAGCUGGUGAACUUGACCAAUACUAUCCCGCCUUGGCCUGGCAAGCCUUGGCAAUUGAAUUUUUGAUCCUGCAGUUUUUGAAUAUUAUUGAAGAAUACUAAAUAUUUUCUUGAAUUCCAGAUGUCCCUGCUUUCGGCCUGGCAAGCCGAAGCAAACAAUUUAUUUUGAUCCUUUGGUGGUGGUUUUUCUAGAUUUAUCUUGUUUAAUAGUCUCUCUGCCUCUUGGUCUGGCAAACCAAAGCAGAUGAGCUGAUCUUGUGAAUGAUAAUGGAUGAAUUUGGCCAUCGCUUGUGCUUGGCCAAAAUCUAAAUCUCAAUAUUUUUGCCUAGGUCUGGCAAACCAUAGCAAAUUUAUUUCUUUAUCCUUAAGAUUUUUCUAGAAUAACCCAGUGCAAUAAUUUUCUGUUUACGGCCUGGCAAACCUAAACAGUUGAUAGGAUCCUGCAAAGUACAACUAUUGAAUCUGGCCAGUAUUUAUUGGUCAAAUUUGGAAUCCUGAAUUUAUUUUUGUUUUUCUCCGGUCUGGCAAACCGAAAUAAUUUAUUUUAUUCUGUGAUGAUUUUCCUGCUUUCUGGUCUGGCAAACCAAAAGCAGCUGUGCGAAUUCUGCAGUAGCGUUAUUUACACUAAUUCCGAUCAAUGAAAUGUCAAGUUUGAGUUCCAUGAAAAUCUGCCAACCCCUUUAUUCAGACUGCAGUAUGAAACGAAUCCUGGAUAUCCUUGCCUAUGGACUGGCACUCCUAGGCAACAAGCCAGAUGCUGCACUCUGUUAUUUCACGCUUUUGGCCAACUAGUUUGGCCAAAUCAGAAUUCUUGCCGCCGCCUGUUCCUGCCCGAGAUGGCCCUUUUUGGGCAAAACAAGAUGAAAGAAGGAAGUCCUGUUGACAGUCAAUCCUGCUGUCGCCCGUCAACGAGCCAGUCCCAGCCGCAAUUAGCGGCCAAGUCUGGCCAAUAAUUAUGGCCCAAUGCAAAUGAAGGAUGUCCUGCUGACAGUCAAUCCUGGCCGUCAUCCGUCAAUGAGCCAGUCCCAGCCGCAAGUAUGCGGCCAAGUCUGGCCAAAAACCUUGGCCCAAUGCAAAUGAAGGAUGUCCUCUUGGCAGUCAAUCCUGGCUGUCUCCCGUCAACGAGCCAGUCUUAGCUGCAAGUAGUGGCUAAUUCCGGCCAUAAAUCAUGGCCCAAUGCAAAUGAAGGACGUCCUAUUGGCAGUCAAUCCUGGCUGUCUCCCGCAAGCAGCGGCCAAGUCCGGGCCAUAAUUUGGGCCCAAUGCAAAUGAAGGAUGUCCUGAGGGCGACCAAUCCUGGCCGCCCAUUACCAAUGAGCCCGACUCAGCCCCCAAUUGUGGCCAUGUCGGGCCAUCCAGGCGUCCUCCAUCCUCUGAUGUCUUGGCCUGGAGGGCAUCCACCGACCAGGAUGCUGAAGAUGUUUUGCACUCGCCCUGGAUUGGAGAUGACCCCCCCCCUGCCUGGAUGAGGAUGGCCUGUUCUUGAGGGCCCAACGCUGGACAUCCUUCUCAAUGGACUUUAGAUAAUUAUUUUUCAUCUUGUUUGUCUCGCUAAAAGUCCUCCUCCAAAUUCUUAUCUUGACCAAUCUUUGUUUUUUUUUAUUUGUGUUCUCAUCUCGUAAGAAUCACACUGUUUUGUGAUUCUUUUAAUGUUAGACUUGACUCAAAUCUUUUUGUUUUUUAUUAUUUUUGUUAAUUUAUGUUGUUUUUAGUUUCUUGUUUUUCAUUAUAAGAUUCAUGUAAAUCAACUUGACAAUAAUAAUUAACGUAGUUCUUGUUAGGCUAAUUGUCCUUGUCGGCCUGCUACAGCGGCAGCCACGGUGCAAAAAUGUUGCUCAACAGAGUAAUGGGACACCGUGGUCUGCCGCGCCAGCUGGCCGCCUUGGACCCAAUUUGGAGGAGGUAGGGCAAUAGGGACAACUAAUUAUUAGGCUAAUGAAGGGCAUUUCUCUGCUGUCCUGUCAUUGCGGAACGUACGCUAAGGAGUGUGCAGCUAAUUGUGUUGUGACGUUCCGCAAUGACAGGACCACUAGUUUAAUGAAUUUGCUAGAAAUGUAUUGCCCCGCUUUUAACGUCUUCUUAGUGUUGUGACUCUAUUUUUUUUUGCCCAUGUUAAAUUUUUUUUUUUAUAGAGCACAAAAUGGACGAGCGGUGGCGCCAAUUUACGAAGUGGAGAAGUGUCCUGUCUAGAUGCAUUAGUUAAGUUAUCAUAAGUAUGCACUUGACAAAUCCAUGUUUCCAUGUUUCCGUAUCCUCAGGCCCGGUUGCUGCGUAGAUAUAUACGGGCUGGUUAACCCAUCUGUGAGUGAGUGUUCCUGGCAACUGCUUAAAAAAGACGACCUUAGGGAUAAUGUUUAUAUUUAAAUUAGGGAUAAUGCUUAUAUUUAAAUUGUUGAGUUUCUUGAUUUUCCACUUUUUAUUUUGUCCAAAUUGUCUGUUUACAUUCUUGACAAGGAAAAUCCAUUCACAUUUAUCCCUCUGAUCAACCCCAAUUUUGCUCAGUGUAGCGUUAUCUGACCAAUCCUGAUCCUCUUUACUCUCUCUCUUCAAGAGAGAGUCUCAGUCAGAUCGUCGUGUUGUGUAGUUGGUCGAGUGCGGACGUGCUUUGCGCCCCACUCCUAGUCUCAGUCAGUCAGUCAGAUCGUCGUGUUGUGUAGUUGGUCGAGUGCGGACGUGCCUUGCGCCCCACUCUCAGUCACAGUCUCAGUCAGAUCGUCGUGUUGUGUAGUUGGUCGAGUGCGGACGUGCCUUGCGCCCCACUCUCAGUCUCAGUCAGGCAGUCAGAUCGUCGUGUUGUGUAGUUGGUCGAGUGCGGACGUGCCUUGCGCCCCACUCUCAGUCACAGUCUCAGUCAGAUCGUCGUGUUGAUCAGUUGGUCGAGUGCGGACGUGCCUUCGCCCACUCCCAGUGUCAGCCCCAGUUUCAGUCCCAGUGUCAGUUGGCCGGUCGAGGGCUAACGUGCCCACGCCCCUUGCCCAUUCCCGGCCGGAGCAGCCGCCAGGAGCGCAAGAUCGCUAUCCUCCGGAGCCUGAUUUUCCGCCCGUGCUAGAGCCGCACACGCGCGCAGCAGCCGCGCCGAGGAGCCAGCCAGUAGGCCAGCAGGCCAGCGAGCCGUAAGCUAGCAAGUACCGCCACAGUCAAUUGUACUCAGCAGCCAUAAGAACAUUGUACGAAACAGCCAAUUACGUAAAGGAAACAAAUAAUAAUUAGAACAAACAACUACAAAAAAAAAAAAAAAAAAAAAAAAAAAAAAAAAAGGUGUUUCUAUUGACCUGAAAUUGACCAAAAAAUUGACCAAAAUUGACCAAAUAUAUAUAUGUAAAACCUACGAAACACGACUUAAAAAAAAGCGAGACUCUUGACGACAUAUAUAUACACAUAAAACGACACAUAUAAAGGCACAUAAAACGACAUUAAAAAAAGGCAUAUAUCACGACAUAUAAAAAAGGCAGAUUAAAUUACAUAUUAAACGACAUAUAAAAGGACAUAUAAAACGACAUAUAAAACGACACAUAUAUAUUUAUAUAUAUAUACAUAUAAUCUAAUUCCCGCCCAGCACAUACACAUACAUAUAUAUUUGGCGCCAAUUAUUGCGCACCUGUGUGUGUGCCUUAACCGUUUAUUCUGCAGCAACGGCAUCAUCACCAAUUUUGGCGGCCAAGUACAGCCACGGCAAAGCAUUUUGCACAAAAUUAGUCAAUUUUUGGCAAUUUUGGCGCAAUUGGAAGCGUCGCACAAAAGGAGAAGCAGGAGAACCGCUAUUCUAUUGGGCAUUUAAACGGCAGCCUAUCCGGAGAGAGGUCCCAUUCCUGAGCUAAGAAAGGCGGAGCGAGGAAAACGAAAGAUGGCAAAGAGAGGCUUAAAUAAGGGUGAGUCAAAGAUCAUAUCAUUAUGUAGUACUCCCCUCACAACUUCUCUCAGCUCUCUUAAUAAUGAUGCUCUUACUAAAGAGAAAAUUGCCAAAGAGAGCAACACUAAAGAGAGCUCUAAUAGAAAGAGCACUACUAAAGAGAAGAGUAGGCUCCGCCUCUGUUCUUCCUCCUCCCCUUCUUCCGUCUCUCCCAAUUCUAACGGAUCUGAUGCGCCUCCAAUGCGUACUCUCAGAAGCUCUCUUAACAAUCCUAAACGCAAGCAUAGAAACACUUAUGAUUCGGUCACUAUUAACGACACCAAUUCUAAUGCUACCUCGCGGCCGUCCUCUAGUAGUGACUCGGCACUCUCUCCCUAUUCUAAAAUGAAAAAGGUAGAGAAACGGAGAAAGAAAAUCCUCAUGGCUCUAAUUAGAUCGCGGGUUGAAAGGGCUAAUGCAAAGAGAUUACUCUCUGCCUCUGCUGCCCGUUUGAUGAGCGACCCCAAGCGUCCCGUCCCUAAUGAUCCGGGACCAGCCAAGUCUCCUCUUCAACCCGGACCUUCUACUACUGCUCCUUUUAUUUCUACUGAAGGGGUCCCCCCUCCCCCCUCUGCUAAUAUUCAAGCGCCUGUCUUCAAGUGCAAUUUCGCACAAAGCUACAACAGGGAUAGAAAGUUGAAUCUGGAAAUGCAGCAGCUACAGCAACUUCAACAACAGCAUCAACACCAGCAACCGCAGCUACAACAACAAACACCUAGUGUAGCCAAUAAUACCAUUGUUGACGACCCGAUGACUGGUGUUGAUGGCCCCGUUGGCAAUAUAGAUGGCGCCAAUGUCAAUCCCAUCUCUGUGCCAACUCUCAACGCCACUCCUACUGUACCGUCACCCUCCUCUGCUGUAGCCCGUCCUGUUGCCCCCGCCGUUUCCUUGGCCCUGGUUCCUUCCUCUACUUCGACCAAUUCUACCAGCCAGUUAGCCCAAUGCUACAAAUGCCAAGGCUUUGGGCAUUUCAAGUGGCAAUGCAAGAACAACUUUUCUUGUAUGAAAUGCGCCGGCCCACACCCAACUCAUGUUUGUAGAGGAAAGAGAAUAGUCCCCGCCAAGUGCAUCAACUGCAAUGGGCCUCACAUUAGCAGCUAUAGAGGAUGCCCCAAAUACAUGGAAAUUAGGCAGCAGCUAUUUGGGAGUCAGCCUUCCCACUCAGAUGGCUCUUCUAGACGCUAUCAGGGCAGAUCUCAGAGGAUUAGCAGUUCUCAGGCUUCUAAUGCUAACUCAAGAUCAACUCCUAGGACUAAUGUUAGGCAGCAAAGUAAACAGCACCAGCGCCAGCAACGUCAUCAAUGGCAACACCAGCACCAGCAUCAUCAGCGUCAGUACAGACGUCAGCCAGGGCGACAGCAGCCCCCACAGAGGACAGGUAGCCUCAACUAUUGGCAGCCACUGCAGACUUAUGACAGGAACUCUAAUGGCCAGGCCAACUCUAGAAGUAGUCAGAAUCCCAGCCAGCAGCAACAGGAACAGCCUCAAAAUAGGAUUGUCAGGAAUCCCUUUAGAAGAAAUCAACCUAACAACUCCAAUGCCUUUGGCUUAGCUAGCCGACCAAAAAACCCCGCUGAGGCUCACUUGUCCCGAUUCCAGGCUAAACUUAGGGCCGAGCGAACCGGAAACUUGGCUUACGCUCGUCAGCAGCGCUCUCCUACUCAGGUCACUCCUAAUGCUAAUCGUGGCCAGAGCCAGAGCCUUAGCCAGCAGAAGGGCAAUUAUGUGGAAGUCCAAAACAGCCAGGUGAACAAAAUUCAGCAGAAUUAUGCCCAGCUCCUGAAGCUGCACAUUAGGACUCAGGCCAGACUAGAUAAGUUAGAGAACUUAUUUAAUAAACUCUUUAAUAAGCUGCUAACCUCUGCGGGCAUUGCUACGGCUAGGGAAGCUUCGCCUGACGCCCCCCUUGGGAAACGCGUCAAGAGGACUCGCUCUCAUGCAAAGGAUCAUAGCGACUCUAUGAUUGCAGCAGGAUUCUUUUCUGGCUCCAUCAAUGAUUCAAUAACGGAGGCGCUAUUUGCUGAUGGCCCACUUUAUGUUUAAUCUGCAGCUUGCCCAAAUUGCUAUCCCCUCACUUAAGGCUGUUUUUGAAGGGGCUCUGGAUACGCUACUCCCUAGUUGGCAGCCAGCUGCAUUUAUCCUUUUUCUUAUUGGGCCGUAUUUACUCCAAAUAUUACUAAUCCUCCCGAAGUCCAACUCCUCCAUUGUCCUCACUAAUAACAGAUAUGCUUCCUUCCGAGCGACUUUUGGACGAAUUUGGUGAUCCCGAUUUUCACUUGGUAUGGUUGAAAACGUAUGGGACACUAUUUUCCACUGUGGACGUCCUCCAACACCUUUAGGAUGAUGCUGUGGACCAGAAAAUGCCAAUUGUUGAAUUUUUGCCACGCCCCCUUAGCGCCACCAUGGGCGUUUGUAUUGGUCACAUAUGAAAAAUCUCAUGUGUUGGCCACUACUUCUUGGGUAUGGCAAAAAUUUUAUGGAGCGCUGUUUUCCACCUCGGAUGCUAUUCAACACCUUCAGGAGGACCUUAAGGACUAGCCAACACCAAUUAUUGAAUUUUUGCCACGCCCCCUUAGCGCCACCAUGGGCGUAUGUAUUGGGCACAUAUGAAAAAUCUCAUGUGUUGCCCACUACUUCUUGGGUAUGGCAAAAAUUUUAUGGAGCGCUGUUUUCCACCUCGGAUACUAUUCAACACCUUCAGGAGGACCUUAAGGACUAGCCAACACCAAUUAUGGAAUUUUUGCCACGCCCCCUUAGCGCCACCAUGGGCGUAUGUAUUGGUCACAUAUGAAAAAUCUCAUGUGUUGACCACUACUUCUUGGGUAUGGCAAAAAUUUUAUGGAGCGCAGUUUUCCACCUCGGAUGCUAUUCAACACCUUCAGGAGGACCUUAAGGACUAGCCAACACCAAUUAUUGAAUUUUUGCCACGCCCCCUUAGCGCCACCAUGGGCGUACGUAUUGGGCACAUAUGAAAAAUCUCAUGUGUUGACCACUACUUCUUGGGUAUGGCAAAAAUUUUAUGGAGCGCUGUCUUCCACCUCGGAUGCUAUUCAACACCUUCAGGAGGUCCCUAAGGACCGGGAAACACCAACUCCGGAAUUUUAGCCACGCCCCCUGAACGCCACCAUGGGCGCACGCUUCGACCUCUUGUGAAAAAUUUCACCUGACGGUCGAAAUUUUGAAGGAACGCUGCCAUUCAAUCUGGAGGUCAUUUAAUACCAGCAGGAUGUCACUUAGGACUGGAUUGGACUAAUUUCAGAAUUUUAGCCACGCCCUCCUAGCGCCACCAUGGGCGUAUGUAAUGGCCACACGUGAAAAUUCACACUUGAUGGUCAUUUCCACUGGGUAUGGCUGGAAUGUUACGGGGCUCUAUCAUGCGUCCAGGAUGACUACCAUCGCCUGCAGGAUGAACCUAAGGACCGGGAAACACCAACUCCGGAAUUUUAGCCACGCCCCCUGAACGCCACCAUGGGCGUUCGUUUUGACCUCUUGUGAAAAAAUUUCACCUGUUGGACGAAAUUUUUAAGGAGCACUGCUAUUCACCCUGGAUGACAUCCAACACCAGCAGGAUGAUGCUUAGGACUGGAUUGGACCAAAUGCCGAAUUUUGCCACGCCCCCUGCCUGCCAUUAUGGGCGAUUGCAUCAGGCUAUUUAUGGAAUUUUUUUUCCAUUUUAUAGCCACUUCUGUGGGGCUCAUCAGAAAUCCUUUCCAGUCCCCCUCUGCUGACCUAAUGCCACCCGUAUCUCCUGUGAUGAUGCCAUGGUCCUUUUUAAGGACUCACAAAAAUUCUUUUGCCUGCCACUAUACAGCCCAUUUUGGGCUGCUCAUUGAACAAACUGUGAUAUUGUGUAUACACACAUCCUUGACGACACCUAACAUGGACGACAAGGCUAACUAAUUCUAAGGAUCUAAGGACUGACGAAGGUAUUUACACUCUGGAUGCCCCCUAUUGGGGCAAUUUUAUAUGAUAAUUUAUUUCCUGACGACAUCUCCAGCCAUGGUGGAUGCCCCCUAGUGGGUCAUUAUAAUUAUAAUAUUAAUUUAGGGAAAAUUAUUCCCCCACCAAAUGUUACAUUUGUCGCCAGAUCCUGGCGGCACUAUCGUCUCGAUUUUUGUCAACCUUGUCAGUUCUAGCCAAUGUCUUUCCGUUAAUUCAAAGGACUCAUAAUCACACACAUAAGCAAUUUCACACAAUGAGCCUGAAAUUAUCCAUGUCCAAGGAACCAGUAAAUCUCAAGUCAAUGAAAUUUUUCUAAUAUUUUCUUUAUUUAAAUAACUGCCAAUUGCCUAAAAAUAUCAUCAUAUUUAAAAUGCAAAUAUUCACAUAUAUAUUGAGCCAAAAAAUUGUCCAAAAUCUAACAAGCAUGAUAAUUAAACCCUCUGAGUCAGUGAAAUAUUCCAUUCAUGUUAAUAAUUUGCCAAUUGCCAAGUAAACAAAUUCUCAUUUGAAUUUAUUCUAAAUAACUGGUAAAAACUGCUAUAUAUUUAUGUACAUAUGCACGUUCCGAUUCCAUUGUUCCCAUAGCAAGUAAAUGUUCGUACUUUAUUUUAUUCUGCCAUGUAUGAUCAGUCUCUGUUUGUUGAUGCGAGCGAACGCAACCAUUUUUUCCACGUGCUUUCUAUGUGUUAAAUUAAUGCCGAUUGAUGGCCAAAAUCGUAAAACUUUUAAUGUGAAAUAUUGGCCAACAGCCAAGGGCUGAAAACUAAAAGAAAAAAUUGAAUAUUUGUGCAAUUUCCCCAGUUAAAAACAUAUAUCUAAAGUGCAAUAUUUUCUUUUCUAGGGGAAUGAGAAGUAACCAUAAACAUCGGCUGUGCAAUUUUAUUAUAUUUAUUUUAUUUUAUUUUAUUCUGUGUCAAAGUGCAAUUUUGGGAUUUAAUUUUGCCAAUUAAAUCCCACAAUAUAUGUAUGUCACACAUACAUACACAUGCUGCUAUUUAUUUCCCCAAUUAAAAACGUGAUGGCCGGCUUAAGAGAGGAUUUAAAGAUCGGGGAAUGAGAAGUAACCAUAAACAUCGGCUGUGCAAUUUUAUUAUAUUUAUUUUAUUUUAUUUUAUUCUGUGUCAAAGUGCAAUUUUGGGAUUUAAUUUUGCCAAUUAAAUCCCACAAUAUAUGUAUGUCACACAUACAUACACAUGCUGCUAUUUAUUUCCCCAAUUAAAAACGUGAUGGCCGGCUUAAGAGAGGAUUUAAAGAUCGGGGAAUGAGAAGUAACCAUAAACAUCGGCUGUGCAAUUUUAUUAUAUUUAUUUUAUUUUAUUUUAUUCUGUGUCAAAGUGCAAUUUUGGGAUUUAAUUUUGCCAAUUAAAUCCCACAAUAUAUGUAUGUCACACAUACAUACACAUGCUGCUAUUUAUUUCCCCAAUUAAAAACGUGAUGGCCGGCUUAAGAGAGGAUUUAAAGAUCGGGGAAAGAGAAGAAACCAUAAAACAUCGGCUGUGCAAUUUUAUUAUUUUAAUCUAUUUUAUUUUGUGUCAUAGUGCAAUUUUCGGGAUUUAAUUUUGCCAAUUAAAUCCCGCAAUACAUUUAUGUCACACAUACAUAUGCAUGCUAUUUAUUUCCCCAACUUAAAACGUGAUGGCCAGCUUAAGAGAGGAUUUAAAGAUCGCUCUCGUCUUGGCAAACCCAAGCUGGUGAACUUGACCAAUAUUAUUUAGCCUUGGCCUGGCAAGCCUUGGCAAUUGAAUUUUGAUCCUGCAGAUUUUGAAUAUUAUUGAAGAAUCCUAAAUAUUUUCUUGAAUUCCAGAUGUCCCUGCUCUCGGCCUGGCAAGCCGAAGCAAACAAUUUUAUUUUGAUCCUUUUUUGUGGCUUUUCUAGAUUUUUCUUGUUUAGUAGUCUCUCUGCCUCUUGGUCUGGCAAACCAAAGCAGAUGAGCUGAUCUUGUGAAUGAUAAUGGAUGAAUUUGGCCAACGCUUGUGCUUGGCCAAAAUCUGAAUCUCAAUAUUUUUGCCUCGGUCUGGCAAACCAUAGCAAAUUUAUUUCUUUAUCCUUAAGAUUUUUCUAGAAUAACCCAGUGCAAUAAUUUUCUGUUUACGGCCUGGCAAACCUAAACAGCUGAUAGGAUCCUGCAAAGUACAACUUUUGAAUUUGGCCAAUAUUUAUUGGUCAAAUUUGGAAUUCUGAAUUUAUUUUUGUUUUUCUCCGGUCUGGCAAACCGAAAUAAUUUAUUUUAUUGUGUGAUGAUUUUCCUGCUUUCUGGUCUGGCAAACCAAAAGCAGUUGUGCAAAUUCUGCAGUAGUGAUAUUUACACUAAUUCUGGUCAAUGAAAUGUCAAGUUUGAGUUCCAAGAAAAUCUGCCAACCCCUUUAUUCAGAUUGCAGUAUGAAACGAAUCCUGGAUAUCCUUGCCUAUGGACUGGCACUCCUAGGCAACAAGCCAGAUGCUGCAUUCUGUUAUUUCACGCUUUUGGCCAACUAGUUUGGCCAAAUCAGAAUUUUUGCCGUCGCCUGUUCCUGCCCGAGAUGGCCCUUUUUGGGCAAAACAAGAUGAAAGAAGGAAGUCCUGUUGACAGUCAAUCCUGCUGUCGCCCGUCAACGAGCCAGUCCCAGCCGCAAGUAUGCGGCCAAGUCUGGCCAAAAAUUAUGGCCCGAUGCAAAUGAAGGAUGUCCUCUUGGCAGUCAAUCCUGGCUGUCACCCGCAAGUAUGCGGCCAAGCCUGGCCUCUUAUCAUGGCCCAAUGCAAAUGAAGGACGUCCUAUUGGCAGUCAAUCCUGGCUGUCUCCCGCAAGCAGCGGCCAAGUCCGGGCCAUAAUUUGGGCCCAAUGCAAAUGAAGGAUGUCCUGAGGGCGACCAAUCCUGGCCGCCCAUUACCAAUGAGCCCGACUCAGCCCCCAAUUGUGGCCAUGUCGGGCCAUCCAGGCGUCCUCCAUCCUCUGAUGUCUUGGCCUGGAGGGCAUCCACUGAUCAGGAUGCUGAAGAUGUUUUGCACUCGCCCUGGAUUGGAGAUGACCCCCCCCUGCCUGGAUGAGGAUGGCCUAUUUGAAGGGCCCAACGCUGGACAUCCUUCUCAAUGGACUUUAGAUAAUUAUUUUCAUCUUGUUUGUCUCGCUAAAUGUCCUCCUCCAAAUUCUUAUCUUGACCAAUCUUGUUUUUAUUUGUGUUCUCAUCUCGUAAGAAUCACACUGUUUUGUGAUUCUUUUAAUGUUAGACUUGACUCAAAUCUUUUUGUUUUUUAUUAUUUUUGUUAAUUUAUGUUGUUUUUUAGUUUCUUGUUUUUCAUUAUAAGAUUCAUGUAAAUCAACUUGACAAUAAUAAUUAACGUAGUUCUUGUUAGGCUAAUUGUCCUUGUCGGCCUGCUACAGCGGCAGCCACGGUGCAAAAAUGUUGCUCAACAGAGUAAUGGGACACCGUGGUCUGCCGCGCCAGCCGGCCGACUUGGACCCAAUUUGGAGGAGGUAGGGCAAUAGGGACAACUAAAUAUUAGGCUAAUGAAGGGCACUUCUCUGCUGUCCUGCCAUUGCGGAACGUACGCUAAGGAGUGUGCAGCUAAUUGUGUUGUGACGUUUCGCAAUGGCAGGACCACUAGUUUAAUGAAUUUGCUAGAAAUGUAUUGCCCCGCUUUUAACGUCUUCUUAGUGUUGUGACUCUAUUUUUUUUUGCCCAUGUUAAAUUUUUUUUUUAUAGAGCACAAAAUGGACAAGCGGUGGCGCCAAUUUACGAAGUGGAGAAGUGUCCUGUCUAGAUGCAUUAGUUAAGUUAUCAUAAGUAUGCACUUGACAAAUCCAUGUUU